CUCUCCCUCCCCUCCCCUCCCCCCUCCCUCCCUCCCUCGGGGGCGCGCGUGCGUGCGUGCCUUCGCGUGGACGCGUGCGCCUGAGCGACUGAGGGGAGAGAGAGAGAGAGAGAGAGAGAGAGGGCGAGCGCGAGAGAGGCUGAGGAGGGAAGCGAGGCGGGCGGGCGGACGGACGGACGGGCGGGCGGGCGGAGGAGGAAGGCAGACCGGGCUGGGCCUGACGGCGGCAGAAGGAGGAGGACUCGGAGGAGGACUCGGGCGGAGAAGAUGGCGGACGGGGACAGCGGAAGCGAGCGAGGCGGCAGCGGCGGCGGCGGAGUAGGCGGCGGAGUAGGAGGAGGAGGUGGAGGCGGCGGCGGCGGCUUCCAGGGCCACCGUGGAGGCGGCGGCGGCGGCGGCGGCGGCGGCGGGCCCGGCCCCGGCCCGGAGCAGGAGACGCAGGAGCUGGCCUCGAAGCGCCUGGACAUCCAGAACAAGCGCUUCUACCUGGACGUCAAGCAGAACGCCAAGGGCCGCUUCCUGAAGAUCGCCGAGGUGGGCGCGGGGGGCUCCAAGAGCCGCCUCACCCUCUCCAUGGCCGUGGCCGCCGAGUUCCGGGACUACCUGGGCGACUUCAUCGAGCACUACGCGCAGCUGGGGCCCAGCAGCCCCGAGCAGCUGGCUCAGGCCUCCCCGGGCGGCGAGGACGGCGGCGGCGGGGUCGGCGGGCCCCGGCGGGCCCUCAAGAGCGAGUUCUUGGUGCGCGAGAACCGCAAAUACUACCUGGACCUCAAGGAGAACCAGCGGGGCCGCUUCCUCCGCAUCCGCCAGACCAUCAACCGCGGGCCGGGCGGAGGAGGCGGAGGAGGAGGCGGCGGCGGGGCCGGCUUCCCCGGCGGGCCUCCGGGCCUCCAGAGCGGCCAGACCAUCGCUCUGCCGGCCCAGGGCCUCAUCGAGUUCCGCGACGCGCUGGCCAAGCUGAUCGACGACUACGGCGCCGACGAGGACGAGCUGGGCGGCGGCGGGGGGCCCGGCGGAGGCCCCGGAGGCGGCGGGGGAGGCCUGUACGGGGAGCUUCCCGAAGGCACCUCCAUCACGGUGGACUCCAAGCGCUUCUUCUUCGACGUGGGCUGCAACAAGUACGGCGUCUUCCUGCGCGUCAGCGAGGUGAAGCCUUCCUACCGCAACGCCAUCACCGUGCCCUACAAAGCCUGGGCCAAGUUCGGCGGCGCCUUCUGCCGCUACGCCGACGAGAUGCGCGACAUCCAGGAGCGGCAGCGGGACAAGCUCUACGACCGGCGCGCGGGGCCGGCCGGGCCGGGCAGCGGCAGCGGCGCAGGGGACGACUCCGACGGGGAUGAUGUGGACGACGACUGAGCCUCUCCUUGCUUCCCUUCCCUCCUCCUUCCUCUUCCUCCUCCUCCUCUCUAAACGAUAACAAACCCCCCCCCCCCCAAUUUCCCUCCCCAGCAGCCGCCGAGUGGGGGGGGGUGGUGGUUUCCCAUGGACCGGGGAGAAGGGGUGGAUGGAAAUGGGGCGCAACCCGAUCCUACUGUUUCCUUCUCCCCGAGGAGAGAGAGAGAGAGAGGGAAAAGCCCUGCCUGCCCGGCCUCCACCCACCCACCGCUUUCUGGAGCAGCCCCUCUCCCGAAUUGGCCUCCUUUCCCCCCCUUGCCGUGGCUCCCCCUCCCUCCAGGAUGCAGCAUCUGUCCCUGAGUUGGCCCAGCUUUAAGCUCUGCCCCCCCUCCCAACCCAGAGAGAGAGAGAGAGAGAGAGAGAGGAAUCCCCACGACCUCAGUUAACCUCCCUCCUGGUCUGCAGAAUGGAGAAACGGAGGGUCCUUCCUUUACACCCCUGAAAACUGGGAUCCUCUCCACCAAGGGAUCUGCUCUAGCUUCCCAAGGCUUCUCAUCUGCCCCAACAGCUGAAAUGUGUGGCGUCUUCUUCUUUCUUCCCCCACUCUCCCCCCCCACCCAUCCCUCUCCCUUCCUUCCUUCCCUUCCUUCUUUCCAUUUCUUUCUUUCUUAAUUUAUUGGAGGGGGUUGAAAUGGGGAGAGAAUUUCAUCUGAUCUCCUUCUCCCUUUCUCCUCGGGUGCCCUCCCCUCUCCUGCAUUUUGAGAUCUCGUGUUCCUCCUCCUCCUCCUCCUCCUCCUCCGCUCUCGAAACCAGCAUUCUGGAGACUGCAUGGCCACCGAGCACAGUUUGGAAAAAGGAAGAAGAUGAAGCUGGCACAGCUAUCCAAAUCCAGCAGCCUAACCGGGCAAGUUGUUUUUUUAAAACAAAACAAAAAAAAACCAAGGAUGGUGAUCGUAGCCCAAUGUGAAGGGGAAAGUUGAAAUGGGCCUGGGGGGGUGGGGGGAGAGGCAGGAAAGAUGGGAGAAGCAACCCUGAGAAUGAUGGGUUGGAGAGAGGAUGGAGCCUAUAUCUGGACCAACGUCCACUGUUCUUCUCCUCCUCCUACAUUUUUACCCGUAAAGCUACAGGUGCCUGAACUGGAAUUGAUACGAAAUUAUUCUAAAGUUGGCAGGUUCUAAAGAUCAUAAUGAGUUUUUCCCCCCACCCACCCAUCCUCGGGUGGGUUUGGGGAUAUGCAAACAGGCAGGUUCAAAAGAGAAGAAAAAAAAAAGGCAUAAAGCACAAGGAAUGCAGAGCGGACUAGUUGCUGGUCACUAAAGUUCUUCCCCUUCUCUCUAAAUAAGGUGAAAGAGCAAAAUGGCUUUAGGCUUUAGUAGGAAGUAAAAAUUGGAGCUGCCUUUCUCUGGGCUUUAGAAGAAAAAGAAAAAGAUGAUCUAAGGUGGAAUCUGUUCUGCAACUCGCUGGGUUUGAAACACACACACACAAAAAGCAUUAAAAUCGUAAUCUGGUAAAAGAAAAAAAGAACGUGAGGCUUCAAGUCUAAAACAAACAAAAAAAGAAUAAAUGAGAGGGACACUGAGAGCUGCUUUCGCCAUGCAAAUAAGUGGACAUGCUCUUUGAAAAUAGACACCAAGAACCUCAGGUCCAGAAGUCCAGCAUCUGUUGUUGUUUUCACAAGAUUUUUUUUAACAACCAGAAGAGAACACAAUCCAUUUCCUCAGUACCUCACGUUAUGUUAACACCAAUGGAUUGUUCAGAGCACCGUCUGCCCUAUGGGAGGUUCUUCAUCAUCAUCACACACACACACACACACACAAAAGGAGCAGAAUCAAGCCAAGUUCUGUGACUAUGAACACGAGCAGCAUUUUACCACCUUCAAAUUUUACUAUAGACUGGCUACUGCCUAUUUGUCCAGUUGUCUUUCCCAAGCAGAGUUGCGUCUCCCCACCCAAAGAAUUGCUCAUCUAUAUUUUAAAUGGAUUCUUACCUAAAAUGAUAUUUUUUUAAACAAAUGAAGUCAGUCCUAUUCCCUCUAAAAAGUGUUUUUAGCUGCAACAUUAUAUACUAGCAACUUUGAAUUGAAUGGAAAUUGCAUACUGUUCAUUACAAAGUUUCGGGUAUCGUUUGUGUGACAUCUUAAAAGAGUGCAUGCCUGUCGUUUAUUUGAGCUGCCUUUUUAAUUUAUUGCAUACCCUUAUUUACCUUAUUUUGGUAUUGCUCUUCUCUAUACUGUCUUUGUUUUGUAUUUAUUAGAAAGCAAAGAGGCAUAUAAAAGUCAUUUUCCUCACUCAGUUGUUGCUGUGGUAGGGAAAUUGGCUGGAAUUUUUCUAAAAAAAUAAUAAUUGGGUUUUGCUACAGUUAUAAAGCUCAGCAAAUGUCAGAUUAGUUCAUCAGAAACAUGAUUGUUUAUUUUAAAAGCUGUUUCUUUAUUCCAUGUGUUCAUGGUAGAUCUUAUAUCCUUGGGGGGGAAAAAAUACCCUUUCCAUUUUUCUCCGUUGCAAAGAACUUGUUUCCUGAAUUGUAAUGGGAGCAAUAGUAUUUCUUGAUGUUUUAAUUACAUCCAUAUACUUGUACUGUAUUUUGUACUCUCUGAGGCAGCUGUUUUCAAUAAUGUCCUGCUGUAUUUACCUAUGUAUUUUUUUUUGUUUUGUUCUAUUGUAUUCAGUUCUUUGCUGCGGAGAACAAUAUUCACCCCCCAAAAAAAUUGUCAGCGUACAAGGAUCGCAGCCUGGCUAGGACUGCAGAGAACUCUGCUUUUAACUAAUGAGACUUUAAAAGGCAGCAAUGAAAAUGGAGGCCGCAGAUGCUUAAUAUCUAUUUGCUGUAACUCUUCAUUCAAUUUAAAACAGUGUAUAAUACUUGUAUAGACCAACGUUUUUGUUGCGUUAGUGGUAAUCCGUUUCCCACCCCUCUUGUUUUGUUUUGUUUUGUUGCUCAGCUGCCAUGAGCCAGUUCUUGCAAAGAUGCAGUUACCUCUUCUUUUCAAGGAGAACCUUUGGGGGACAUGGUGGGAGGAGGGGGUUGGGCUGAAUUGUUGUAGUAACUAGCCUUACCUUUCUACUACAUGGUAGUGGCAGGAUUUUGACUGGUCCCUGGCCAGUGGCUAUGGAAGCUAUAAUUAGCUGCCCAAAAAGUAUGUGGAAGCAGACAGAAGCAUAUCAGUUGUUUCCGCAAGGAGCAUUGCCAUUUAUGGUGUUGCCUUUGGCAACCAGGAAGAGGCUCCUGUGGUCACUGCAGACCGGCUAAACUGAUACUGAGUCUAUACCAAGUGAUCCAUGACCCUUCAAGGUGUGGAGUUAGGGUGACAGUGCAAGAUGUCAGUAGGGAUACUAAGGUGUUGGGCCUGCUUGUGCUCAUGUAUAACUUACAGGCGUUUUAACUAUCCCACAGAUAACUGAGGCUGUCGUGCUAUGUUAGGUUAGUGCCCAAGAUUCUUUUCUAGGGAGAAAAUCAAUUCUGGUGCCACAAGCCUUGCUUAGGUGCAGCGUAUUUCAGCGGGGAAGCCAUUCCUUCUGCUUGUUGGAGAACAGGAAAAGAGUUGCCUGAAAUCUAUAUAUCUAUAUCUGUAUGUAUAUAUAUAUAUCUUACCUUUCCCCUUGUAGAGCUUAAAAUGUCUGGGCUUAAACCCCCAGUGGAGGCUGCCGAUACUUCUCAGAUGAAUUUGGAAGCAUGACUUGUUCGUGCUGGAGAGGGCGCCUCCAUUGCUUACAGCUAAGCAUUAAUGAAAUCUCUGCCUUCCCAGCCGCAACAGACCAUUAUCUGAACGUAUGCAUCCCUGCUCUCUACGUCUGGUAGUUCGCCUCAGCGACCGGUCUCUUGCAGAUUGCAGUCGGGCAGCUUGGCGUCCCGUUAUGGAUAAGCUUUACGGAUCACGCGAGGCCGUGUUAGACCACGUUAGCGGGGAAAGAAAAAAAAACCCAUUACCCUGGAGAUUGAGUCCCAACGCGCGUGAACUUUUAGUAUUCCUGUUAUACUCCUGUGCUUCAAUGUCCAUUUGAGUAAUGAAAAAGCUUCUCUUAUUCUCGGUGCUGCUGCAGUUUUAACUCAUAUCCUUGGUCUCUUUUCUGCAGCGAUGUUUGUGGACUGUGUGAUGGUGCAUUUGACAAGCUUGCCACAUCCUGCACAACCUCACGAUGGAAAAACGAGCUUAUUGAUCCCAAGCGAAGUUUGGGAAACGUGAGGUGUGUUGACAUGAGGCGACUUGUGGGACUGCACUGUCAUCUUUACGUGUAGAUUGUGUAGAGGGGGUGGUGGAAAUGGGUAACCUCUGUAUCUGGCAUUUCUUAGGCGUUGCCCUUAGAAUGGUGCAUCUGCUGUACAAACAAAAUGUAAAUCUUGUAUAGCACCAAAAAAAAAUUGUAAAUACGCGAGACAUACAGGUAUAAACGCCCGUAGCUUUAGCUCACAUCUAGUUAUGGGCCACGUCCUAUUUCCAUAGCUAUCUGCUUCAGAGUGAUUGCAGGCCCUAACGGAGGAGGCUGAGUCUUCUGUUUUUUUUUUUCCUUCUGUUUUUUUCCUCAAAGAGAAAAGCAAUUCCCGUUAUUUAUCCUGGAAUCCUCUUUGCACAAAAUCACAGAUUUAUUUUUUUUAGUAAAGAUUUUAGCUUCUGCUUUAGUGUCUCUAAAACUACGACGUUUAAUGAUCCUGUCCUUGCUUGUACUUUUCAGGAUAAUGGGCGCAAGAGGCAGGUUUCAAUAAACCCCUCAUAUUGAGUGGUCCCUUUGUUUGACGGCACACUUCAGGUAUUGGAAUAGCUGAAGAUGGUUUUUGAUUUACUCCCGUCAUUUAAAAAAAAAUAAAAGUGUAAUAUAUUUGACUAUACAAGACAACUGAAAAGUGACUUAACUCAGGCUACUUUUCUUGUGUAAGGGUGGCAGUUUUGUGAUUUUGGUAGAAAAUUGUUCAUUGCAUAAACGUGCUUGGACAUCUCAAAGUUUUAAUAGAAAGAUGAUGGUACUUGAUCUGAUGCACAAUUUAAUCUCUCAGCAGAUAUUCGCUUUUUUGUUUCUUUUUAAAACACAAAAACAAAAUGUGGCCUUGAUUCUUUAAUAGGAGGAAAGAGAAACUUGCUUUCCAUAUAUGUAAGUGGCACUUUUUUUGGCUUCAAAUUCUGCAAGUUCUUUGUAGACAUGAUAUUGAUAUGCUUCUUCCUUUUAUAAGCAAGUGAAAUGGUCAAUGUAUUGAAAUAUGUUUGCUAUGAAUUUAGUUUUAUAAAGGAACAGGAAUGCCCGAGGCUAAAUAUCUAAAACCUAAAGGACCAAUAUGCUCUCUUUAAAUAGCAGUAAUCACAAUUAUUUCUGAAGAAAGGCAGUGUGGAUCAUUUUAGUUUCACCAAGCACAAUCCUGCUGGCAUAGCAGCUACAAUACAGACUCAGUGGGUUUAUGUCAGAUGCCUUGUAAUUUUUGUAGCCUAUCUGGAGAUGAUUUGAUAGGAAUGCUUCCAGAUAUCUAGUGCCCUUCUCGAAAUUAAAAAAAAAAAAUUGUAGAAGGCAGAGCAAUCAGGUUUGCUGUGCAGUGAUAACUCUGCGCAUGGAUGUUUCCAAGUCAGUACAAAUGCCAAGCAGUGACAGGUAUAUUUCUGGAUUCUUUGUUCACUCCAAUGAACAACCCAUGGUGUAAAAGCAUAAUUUUCACGGUCGCUUGUUCCCUUGGCCUGAAAUAUAAUCUCUGGUAGUCUGAUUCCAGGUGUGUGAGAGGUUUUCCGAAGUCUUGUCCUCUUUGUCGGUAUUGGUGCUUUUGUGAUAGUUUAGUGUCAGCAAAAUUGCAAUAGUUAGAUGUUGUGCUUGAGCAUUCACUGAAUCGUUUUGAUUGAGGAAAUUUUCUUCUUCAAUUUGCAUAGAUUUAAUAGAUUAUGACUACAAGGCGACAGAAAAGUCUGGUUGGAGUGAAAUAAUUCGCAUUUCCCCCCCUUUUGCAGAUUCUAAGAAACCUCAGCUUUUGCACUUUGUAGCUUUUAUAGCCAUUAGUGAUUAAACACACACACACACACACACACACACACACACACCAAGAUUAUGCUUUGUUUUGUUUUGGAGAUAAUGAGACAUUCAGGAGAGGGACGUAGCAAAAUCCAAUAGCUGUCUCCUGCAGGAUUAAAAGAAAUUUUAAUAUCUGAAGCAAACAUGCAAACAUUGGGAUGUAACCAUGGAUGGAUUACUACCUCUUGUACCUGUGAAAUCAUGGUUCUCUGCAAUGGUGCUAGACUUAAUUUCACCUUAAAUAUACUUAGAUUGCUCCUCUGUUGUAAUGUACAGUACAGUUAUUGUUCUCGUUGUGAAAUUCCCUAUUCUGGUCUAGACAUUAAAACAACUAUCAUGUAUGGUUGUGAAAAAGAGAACAGUAACCGAAUGGAGAUGCUUUUGAUUAGCUUGAGCUGAACUGGGUUUUUCAGAGAGCAACCUGUCCUCCCUAUUUUCCUGACAAGCCACUUCUCAAAGGAGCAGGUUUUCAAAAUAAAGUUUGUAGCACAGUUCUAGUUUGUCAAGAGAAAGAGCCUAAAAUUAUGCUCAGCAUCUACAAUUCCCCUGAAACCAGUGAAAGAUUUCUAGCCUCUGAUUUUCAGCAUAAAUUCUGUGAUUGUGGAAUUUAAACUCAGCUCUGUUUAUUCAUUGGUGUCUAAUUUGACACUAAUGUGUAGACACUCCAUAGGAGUAGAAUUCUGGCCAAUGGGGUUGCUCCCAAUGGCUUAUCUUUCACACACAAAAAUCAUUGGAGGUUUUCUAUUGAGAAGCAUUAGUCUGCCAACAUGUUUACUUAAAUAAGGAAUAUUGACGAAUUUACACAGGAGUGAAAGUAUUCUUUUGCUACUCUCUUUUGCUGCAACCAAAUUUAAAAUUUGACCAGGAGAUACAGUGCCCACAGUUCCAAUAUCUACUAACAAAUGCCAACAAAAUUUUAUCUCUGAAUUUUGGCGUAAGGAAGGUUUAGUGUGCUUUGUCAAAGCCAUUUGUAAUAUGCUGCUAUGUAGCCUUAAUAUUGUAAUGUAUUGUGUGUGUAUAUAUAUGUACAUAUACACUUAAAUACAAAGUAAGUAACCUACAGCGAAGAAGCAGAAGGUUGUGGUUUGUUGAAGCUGGCUCCUGCUUUGUGUAGCCAAGAUAGAUUGUUUUUAAAACUUGCAGAAAGAAAAUA